AUGUUGACGUUUUAUGUUUUUGCAGUGGUGGAAGAAGGAUUCUGGGAGAAUGGACUUUCCUAUGAGUGUAGGACCCUGCUCUUCAAAGCAAUUCAUAAUCUUCUGGAAAGAUGCCUGAUGGAUAAAAACUUCGUGAGAAUUGGAAAAUGGUUCAUCAGACCCUAUGACAAGGAUGAGAAGCCUGUUAACAAAAGUGAACACUUGUCCUGUGCCUUCACCUUCUUCCUGCACGGGGAAAGCAACGUGUGCACGAGCGUGGAGAUCGCUCAGCACCAGCCCAUCUACCUGAUCACUGAGGAGCACAUCCAGAUGGCACAGUCCUCCCCCUCGCCCUUCCAAGUGCUGGUGAGUCCCUACGGGCUCAACGGGACCCUCACGGGCCAGUCCUACAAGAUGUCUGACCCAGCCACGAGGAAGCUGAUGGAGGAGUGGCAGUACUUCUACCCCAUGGUGCUGAAGAAGAAAGAAGGCAUGAAAGAGGAGGAGGAGCUGGGCUAUGACAACGAUUUCCCCGUGGCAGUCGAAGUCAUUGUUGGUGGUGUGAGGAUGGUGUAUCCUUCAGCCUUUGUUCUCAUCUCCCAGAGUGACAUCCCCGUGUCACAGAGCGCUGCCAGCGCCGGAGGCCACGGGAAUGUGGGACAGCAGGGGCUGGGAAGCGUGAAGGAUCCUGCCAGUACCUGUGGGAUGCCACUCACUCCCCCCACCUCUCCAGAGCAGGCUGUUCUGGGAGAAAGUGGCUGCUCUCAGAGCAGCCUCAGCCACUCAGCUGUGCAGGAGGGCACAGUCAGUGUCCACAGUCCAAAGAAAUCAAGCAAGAUUACUCCAAAAUUCCACAACCGAAUGGUUCACCGUGUCUGGAAGGAAUGCAUCCUCAACAGGGCACAGUCCAAGAGGAAUCAAAUUACAACUGCAAAUUUGGAAGAGGAAGUUCCUAACAAUACUGUUUCAUGGGAUUUUGUGGAUCCAGUCCAAAGAGUCAGUUGUUCUUGUUCCAGGCACAAGGUGUUGAAGCAGCGCUGUGCCGCCGGCUCCAGCCGGCCCCCCACGAUAAACCCGCCCGGCUUCGGCGUGGGAGCCGCGGCAGCCUCGGCACUGCCCCCUCCCGCCUCCUCAAAGCACAAAACCACCGAGAGGCAGGAGAAAGCAGAGAAGCUGCAAAAGAGGCCCAUGAUGCCCUUUCACCACCGGCCCUCUGUGACUGAAGAGCUAUGCAUGGAGCAGGACACGCCGGGGCAGAAGCUGGGGUUGGCCGGGAUGGAGCCCUCCUUGGAUGUCCCGAAUCCCAGGAAGUACGAGAAGCCGCUCUCUCUACCUGCUAGAAAUCCAAGCAAGCAAAUUAAUAUGAAUCCUAUGGAUUCACCCCGUUCCCCCACUUCGCUCUUGGCACAGCCCAACAAACGGUUCAAAAUCCUGGAAGAGCAGAAGCCAGCACAGCCCCUCAACUACCUGGAGCCUUUGGCUCUGCUGCAGCAGCCUGGGGAGGGCUGGGGGGACACCAGUGACCCCUACACCUUUGAGGAUGGGGACAUCAAGUACAGCUUCACCGUCAACAAGAAGUGCAAACUGGGGGCCGAGAAGGAUCCUUCGAAGAAGCCCAAGCCAGAAGAUGGAAUUGGUGCCAAGGAAAUCCCCCCAACGGGACAUUCCACACCAGUUCCUGAUGGAAAAGAUGCCAUGUCCAUUUUCAGUUCUGCCCCUAAAGCUGACACCCGGCAGGACAGCGCUGCCGGCCGGGGGGGCUCCGGGAGCCUCACCCAGGUGACGGAUCUGGCUCCAUCCCUGCACGACCUGGACAACAUCUUUGACAAUUCAGAUGAGGAUGAGCUUGGGGCCGUGUCCCCAGCCCUUCGCUCCUCCAAGCUGCCGCCGGCGGGCUCCGAGGAGCGGCCGNAGGGACAGGAUGGGAUUUGUGUUAUUCCAUCGUCUUUAGCUGUGGCAGAUCUCCAAAGGAUGUUCCCAACACCACCUUCUUUAGAACAGCACCCUGCCUUCUCCCCAGUGAUGAGUUACAAAGAUGGAAUAAGCUCAGAGACUGUGACCACCCUGGGCAUGAUGGAGAGUCCUAUGGUCAGCAUGGUCCCAACACAGCUUGCUGAGUUCAAAAUGGAGGUGGAAGAUGGGUUAGGUAGCCCCAAACCUGAAGAAAUCAAGGACUUCUCGUACGUGCACAAAGUUCCAUCAUUUCAACCUUUCGUGGGCUCCUCCCUGUUUGCUCCACUGAAGAUCCUGCCCAGCCAGUGCCUCCUACCCCUGAAGAUCCCAGACACCUGCAUCUUCAGGCCUUCGUGGGCUGUUCCUCCCAAAAUCGAGCAGCUCCCUCUGCCGCCCGCAGCCACUUUCAUCAGAGACGGCUACAACCUGUACGUCACCCUCAUCCUCUCCGACUCCGUGCUCAACAUCUUCAAGGACAGGAACUUCGACAGCUGCUGCGUCUGCGCCUGCAACAUGAACAUCAAGGGCGCCGACGUGGGGCUCUACAUCCCCGACUCGUCCAACGAGGACCAGUACCGCUGCACCUGCGGCUUCAGCGCCAUCAUCAACCGCAAGCUGGGCUACAACUCCGGGCUCUUCAUCGAGGACGAGCUCGACAUCUUCGGCAAGACCUCGGACAUCGGCCAGGCCGCGGAGCGGAGGCUGAUGGUCUGUCAGAGCGGCCUGAUGGCGCAGAUGGGAGAGGGAGCCAGGAGGAGCCAGGAGCCCCCCAUGAGCCUCCUGCUGCUCCUGCAGAACCAGCACACGCAGCCCUUCACGUCGCUGAGCUGCCUGGAUUACAUGUCCUCCAACAACCGGCAGGCGCUGCCCUGCACGAGCUGGAGCUACGACCGGCUGCAGGCCGACAGCAACGACUCCUGGGUGGAGUGUUUCAACGCCCUGGAGCAGGGCCGGCAGUACGUGGACAACCCCACGGGGGGCAAGGUGGACGAGGCCCUCGUACGAAGUGCCACCGUCCACUCCUGGCCUCACAGCAACGUGCUGGACAUCAGCAUGCUCUCCUCCCAGGACGUGGUGCGCAUGCUGCUCUCGCUCCAGCCCUUCCUCCAGGAUGCCAUCCAAAAGAAGAGAACGGGAAGGACCUGGGAGAACAUCCAGCACGUGCAGGGACCACUCACCUGGCAGCAAUUCCAUAAGAUGGCAGGACGGGGAACCUACGGCUCUGAGGAGUCCCCGGAGCCUCUCCCGAUCCCGACGUUACUCGUGGGCUAUGACAAGGACUUCCUGACAAUCUCUCCCUUCUCCUUGCCCUUCUGGGAGAGGCUCUUGCUGGACCCAUACGGGGGCCAUCGGGACGUCGCCUACAUCGUGGUGUGUCCGGAAAACGAGGCCUUGCUCGACGGAGCCAAAACUUUCUUCAGGGACUUGAGCGCUGUAUACGAGAUGUGCAGGCUGGGCCAGCACAAGCCCAUCUGCAAAGUGCUGCGUGACGGGAUCCUGCGGGUGGGCAGGAGCGCAGCCCCCACGCUGCCCGAGGAGCUGGGCACCGAGUGGCUCCCCCAGCCCUGGGGCUCCGAGGACGGGGACAAUCAUUCCAGGCUCAAACUCUACGCCCAGGUCUGCCGCCAUCACCUUGCACCUUACUUAGCCACCCUGCAGCUGGACAGCAGCCUGCUGCUCCCCAAGUACCCGACCCCUGCCCAGCCGGCCAGGCCCAGGCAUGGCUCCGGGAAAACGGCCGGACCCGCUCCCUCCAACCCCUCCUGUCUCUCCGGGGCCCCGGCCACGGGCAGCUCCUUCAGCUCCACGCCCAGCGCCGGCACCACCAGCCUUCCCGCCGGGAGCACCUCCUCCUCGGGCUCCUCCGUGCCGCUGUCGGCGUCCUCUGCCACCCCCAGCACUGCCCCGAUGCCGGGCAGCUCCUCCACGCCCGGGUUCAGCGGCAGUGCCGGCCCCGGGCAGGGCGGUGCCGGGGCGGGCGCGGCAGAGCGAGCCCAGGGCAGCGUCCCCGCGGCCGACUCGGAGCAGGGGCAGAGCCUGCCCCAGCAGCAGCAGGAGGGGCAGGAAGGGGUCCCCGAGCGGGAGCGGAUCGGGGUCCCCACGGAGCCAGAGGCCGCCGACAGCAACGCCUACCCCCCUGCCGUGGUCAUCUACAUGGUGGACCCCUUCACCUACACUGCAGAGGAGGAGUCUGCCUCAGCCAACUUCUGGCUCCUGAGUCUCAUGAGAUGCUACACAGAAAUGUUGGAUAACUUGCCUGAGAACAUGAGGAAUUCUUUCAUUCUCCAGAUUGUGCCUUGCCAGUACAUGCUGCAGACAAUGAAGGAUGAGCAGGUUUUCUACAUCCAGCACUUGAAGUCCCUGGCGUUCUCCGUGUACUGCCAGUGCAGGAGGCCCCUGCCCACCCAGAUCCACAUCAAGUCCCUCACGGGCUUUGGGCCAGCUGCCAGCAUUGAGAUGACCCUCAAAAACCCCGAGAGGCCCAGCCCCAUCCAGGUGUACUCACCUCCUUUCAUCCUGGCACCCAUCAAAGACAAGCAGACAGAGCUGGGAGAGACCUUUGGGGAGGCCAGUCAGAAGUACAACGUGCUGUUUGUGGGGUACUGCCUGUCCCACGACCAGCGCUGGCUCCUGGCGUCCUGCACCGACCUGCACGGGGAGCUGCUGGAGACCUGCAUCGUCAACAUCGACGUGCCCAGCAGGUCGAGGAGGAGCAAGCUGUCUGCCCGGAAGAUCGGGCUGCAGAAGCUCUGGGAAUGGUGCAUUGGAAUUGUCCAGAUGACAUCCCUGCCCUGGAGGGUCGUCAUCGGUCGGCUGGGCCGGCUGGGCCACGGGGAGCUGAAAGACUGGAGCAUCCUCCUGGGGGAGUGUUCCCUGCAGACAAUCAGCAAGCAGCUCAAGGAGGUUUGCCGCAUGUGCGGCAUCUCGGCGGCGGAUUCCCCGUCCAUCCUCAGCGCCUGCCUGGUCGCCAUGGAGCCACAGGGCUCCUUCGUGGUCAUGCCAGAUGCUGUCACCAUGGGCUCCGUGUUUGGCCGGAGCACGGCGCUGAACCUGCAGUCGUCCCAGCUCAACACCCCCCAGGACGCCUCCUGCACACACAUCCUGGUGUUCCCAACCUCUGCCACCAUCCAGGUGGCACCAGCAAAUUACCCCAACGAGGAUGGGUUCAGCCCCACAAACGAUGACAUGUUUGACCUCCCAUUCCCAGAUGACAUGGACAAUGACAUUAGAAUUUUAAUAACAGGGAAUCUUCACUCUUCACCAAAUUCCUCCCCAGUUCCUUCCCCUGGAUCACCAUCUGGCACUGGAGUGGGAUCUCACUACCAUCACAGCAGGAGCCAAGGGGAACGUCUCCUGUCCAGGGAAGCCCCUGAAGAGCUGAAGCAGCAGCCUCUGGCCCUGGGGUACUUCGUGUCGACUGCCAAAGCUGAGAACCUUCCACAGUGGUUCUGGUCCUCCUGCCCUCAGGCACAGAACCAGUGUCCCCUCUUCCUGAAGGCCUCACUGCAUCACCACAUCUCUGUAGCGCAGACAGACGAGCUCCUACCUGCCAGAAAUUCUCAGCGAGUUCCUCACCCCCUUGACUCUAAAACUACAUCAGAUGUCUUGAGGUUCGUGCUGGAGCAGUACAACGCGCUGUCCUGGCUCACGUGUAACCCGGCCACCCAGGACCGCAGCUCCUGCCUGCCCGUGCACUUCGUGGUGCUCACCCAGCUCUACAACGCCAUCAUGAACAUCCUCUGAGGGACACAAAGCACUUCUUCUUCCUCUGGCUUCGGCCCCCCUCGGCCUGACAGACGUGCCACAGCCCGCAGAGCCCACGGUUCCGCUCCUCUUCAGCCCAGUCCCGUGCUGUGCCUCUGUCCCCCCACAGCGCACGGGGAUCCCGCAGUGCUCGGAACUGAACCCCCAUCGGCACCUCCGGCAGCUUCAGUCCAAAAUCUGGGAACAUCCAAGAACAGUGAACACAGAGUAACCUCAAGCCAGUGUUAGUUUGGUGGCCCAGUAACUACUGGUCGGUGUGUGAUUAUUUUUUUUUUACUAUUUUAUUUUUUUAAGGAAGACUACAGGAUCUUUUGUUUUGCAUUAGGAACUGAUGCACAACCGAGAGCAGGCUCGGCCCUGCCAGCAAAACCACCUCGUGGUGACCAGCUGGGGUGUUUUGUUGUUUGAUCUUCGUAAACUGGGACUUUGCAGGAGGAAAAAAAAAAACCACGACCACAAAACCACACAGCUGUAGUCUCGUAUAAAUAUUGGAGUUUUCUGUCUACCUGGAGUUCCUGUCAGAGUGGAUCGGGAUGAAUGCAUGCAUUUGUUACCUGUCCAUGUAGAUAUGAAUGGUCUGGAGAUACUUUAUUUAUUUUUAGGUUUGGGGAGGGGAGGGAUUAAGUUAUAAAGGACCAGGAACAGUAGAAUAUCUUCAAAAUCCAGCUCCGUUCCACUGUGGGGUUAUUUAUCUACAGACCUCUCACUCUUCUGCCCCAGAAAUCAAAAGUGAAGCUCUUCACAGUUCAUGUCCAAGCUGGGAAGGGAAGGAUAUAUUGCAUUUUCAGGAAUUCUCACCUGGGUUUAGCCUGGUUAAAGCAAGGAAUGGCCAGUGUUCAAUGAAGGAAAACACUACCUAAGGGAGAAGAGUGAGAGAGAGGUAGGGAGGAAAAAUACUUUAAAGCCCAGUGUGAGGGCGAGUGGAAAGUGGUAAAUGAAUCUAUCAUAGAGCUCUGAUUGAGAUAUAUUUCCAAUAAAUUCAGUGAUGCCAGAAAGCUAUUUACUGCAAGCCAGGUCGCCCUUGAAUUCUGGGCACACUCGUCCAAUGUACAUAUCCAAAAAUACGAUUUGUUUUUUUGUUUACACUAAAUCAGUUGCAAACCUGGUGUAUUUUUGUCUGACUAUAGGAAUAUUAUUUCAAAGAAAUAAUUUUUAAACAAACAAACAGACAAGCAAGAAGUUGUAUGGUUAAAUUAGUACUUGAAAAAGCGACACCAACCGUGGUGGCAAAGCAGUGGGAUGGUGGGGAGGGUUUUUAUGGCUCCUUCAUCCCAGGCUCUGAGGGGUUGGGGACUUCCAGCCCCUUUUCCUCGUGUUUGGGGGGGCACUGGGCAGGGGUUGGGUCACUUUGGUCAGGCUGAGUGACCUUCUGACCUGUCCAGGGAGAAAAAAAAAAAAAAAACAACAAAAAACCACCGAGUUUGAAAAAAAAGUUCUUCCAAAAAAAGACUUUUCGUGUGUUCUGGUUAAAAAUAAUAAUAAUAAUAAUAAUAAUUAAAAAAAAAAAA